CAGCAUCCCCUGCCAGCAAAACACGGGCCUGUCACUUGCUAGGAGGGAAUGGCCUGUCCUUGGGACCACCUCAUACGCAGCUCCCGGUUCGUUGAGGAUGUUCACCUCCGUCCAUUGGCCCAGGAAGCCCAACUGCCCCACCACGCAGAGCAGAGAAGGAAAAGAAAGCCCCAUGCCUGAGCCGCGAGGAGCGCCAUGGAUCUGACAAAGAUGGGCAUGAUCCAGCUGCAGAACCCCAGCCACCCCACAGGGCUGCUAUGCAAGGCCAACCAGAUGCGACUGGCUGGGACUUUGUGUGAUGUGGUCAUCAUGGUGGAUAGCCAGGAGUUCCAUGCUCACCGGACGGUACUGGCCUGCACCAGCAAGAUGUUUGAGAUCCUCUUCCACCGCAACAGCCAGCACUACACUCUGGACUUCCUCUCGCCAAAGACCUUCCAGCAGAUUCUGGAGUAUGCGUACACGGCCACACUGCAAGCCAAGGCGGAAGACCUGGAUGACCUGCUGUAUGCGGCAGAGAUCUUGGAGAUCGAAUACCUAGAGGAGCAGUGCCUGAAGAUCCUGGAGACCAUCCAGGCCUCAGAUGACAAUGACACAGAGGCCACCAUGGCCGAUGGCGGCGCCGACGAGGAAGAGGACCGCAAGCCUCGGUACCUCAAGAACAUCUUCAUCUCGAAGCAUUCCAGCGAGGAGAGUGGGUACGCCAGUGUGGCUGGACAGAGCCUCCCUGGGCCCAUGGUGGACCAGAGCCCUUCAGUCUCCACUUCAUUUGGUCUUUCAGCCAUGAGUCCCACCAAGGCCGCAGUGGACAGUUUGAUGACCAUAGGACAGUCUAUCCUACAGGGCACUCUUCAGCCACCUGCAGGGCCUGAGGAGUCCACACUGGCUGGGGGUGGACGGCAUCCUGGGGUGGCCGAGGUGAAGACAGAGAUGAUGCAGGUGGAUGAGGUACCAGGCCAGGACAGUUCUGGGGCAGCUGAGUCCAGCAUCUCGGGAGGGGUGGGAGACAAGGUUGAAGAGAGGAGCAAAGAGGGGCCUGGGACACCCACUCGAAGCAGCGUCAUCACCAGUGCUAGGGAGCUACAUUAUGGCCGAGAGGAGAGUGCUGAGCAGAUGUCACCCCCUGCUGACGCUGGCCAGGGACCCCCUGGGCGACAGGAGCCCCAAGUACCCACAGCAGAGAAGCAUUUAGGCAUCUACUCAGUGUUGCCCAACCACAAGGCUGAUGCUGUGUUGAACAUGCCACCUUCGGUGACCUCUGGCCUCCAUGUGCAGCCUGCCCUGGCUGUCUCCAUGGACUUCAGCACCUACGGGGGCCUGCUGCCCCAAGGUUUCAUCCAGAGGGAGCUGUUCAGCAAGCUGGGCGAGCUGGCUGUGGGCAUGAAGGCCGAGAGCCGGCCCCUGGGGGAGCAGUGCAGCGUGUGUGGAGUUGAGCUUCCUGACAAUGAGGCCGUGGAGCAGCACAGGAAGCUGCACAGUGGCAUGAAGACGUACGGGUGUGAGCUCUGCGGAAAGCGGUUCCUGGAUAGUUUGCGACUGAGAAUGCACUUACUGGCUCACUCAGCUGGUGCCAAAGCCUUCGUCUGUGACCAGUGUGGUGCGCAGUUCUCGAAGGAGGAUGCCCUGGAGACCCACAGGCAGACCCACACUGGCACCGACAUGGCCGUUUUCUGUCUGCUGUGCGGGAAGCGCUUUCAGGCGCAGAGCGCGCUCCAGCAGCACAUGGAGGUCCACGCGGGCGUGCGCAGCUACAUCUGCAGCGAGUGCAACCGCACCUUCCCCAGCCACACGGCCCUGAAGCGCCACCUGCGCUCACAUACAGGUGACCACCCUUAUGAAUGUGAGUUCUGUGGCAGCUGCUUCCGGGAUGAGAGCACGCUGAAGAGCCACAAGCGCAUCCACACGGGGGAGAAGCCCUACGAGUGCAAUGGUUGUGGCAAGAAGUUCAGCCUCAAGCACCAACUGGAGACUCACUACAGGGUGCACACAGGGGAGAAGCCCUUUGAGUGCAAGCUAUGCCACCAGCGCUCCCGGGACUACUCGGCCAUGAUCAAGCACCUGAGAACGCACAACGGCGCCUCGCCCUACCAGUGCACCAUCUGCACGGAGUACUGCCCCAGCCUCUCCUCCAUGCAGAAGCACAUGAAGGGCCACAAGCCUGAGGAGAUCCCCCCAGACUGGAGGAUAGAGAAGACCUACCUCUACCUGUGCUACGUGUGAAGGGGCGUGUGGCCGAGCAGCGGGAGCCAACAAGGAGGAGCUAGAGCGAGACAAACAGACAGAGGUGGAAGGACUGGGCAAAGAAAAGAUUGAAAAAAAAAAAAAGGGAAAAAGUAGAAAAGAAAAAAAAAAACAGAAAAGAGAGAAGGAUAAGGAAAUCUAUGGUUAGUUGUCCUUGGAUUUUUCUCUGGGGCUUUAGGUGACCUGAAUGUCAAGCCACUGCCCCUUCCCUGGGGCUACUGCCCGCCUUGAUUCUCCUGGGCACAGGGGAUGAGGAGUCAUUCACAUCGUGGCAUAUUAUUCUCCUCCCUCUGUCUACCCAAACCUUUUUUUGUGUCCAGCAGCAGAGGCCAGGAAUCAGGUAUGAAGCCCUGCUCCUGUACUCCUCCCAGAAGGGCAAGAGAGGACUAGAGAGGAGGCUCUAGUUGGUGUGGGGAUGGGGGGGAGGGCAGUCCCUGGUUUUUUCUAUGAAUGGCAGCUCUGCUGUGCUGGGAAGUCUGGACAAGGGACAGGGUUUUGGCCUGUCACAUGUGGGUGCCCCUCAUGAUCUCUGGGAGCCUCAUGGUUCUUCCCAUCCCUUAGCUCCUUGCUCCUGUUUGAUGGCUGUCUUCUAGGCCCAAGGGAUACACAGCCAGCGUGAGUCCGGGCUGUAUCUCUCUCCCGGUCUGGCUAGGAAAGCUGCAUCCAACUCCAGGACACCUUCCUCCUCCCAUUAGCUUUUUCAGAACACAGAACAAAAUAAAUCAAACACCCCACCCUAGCCGAGGCCCCUCACGGGCCAGAAUCCUGCUGAGCUGCUUUCACUUGCAAAUGGAAAAUAAAUGUAACAGCUAAAUAUAUUAUAAUCCACCAUACAAACCAGUACAUCCCUACAGUCCCAUUUUCACCCCAUGGGAAGGACCCAUUAUCCAAGGGAAGGAGUGGAUGUCCUCCUCCAGGUGGGUCCUGCACUGGAAGGAGGGGUCAGACUGAGGCAACUGGCCAGGGGAAGAAGUUGCUGACAUGCUAGGGACCCUUUAAGCACAAGGUCCCAGGGACCCCAGACCCAGUAGGAAAACCCAGGUCCAAAGAUGAGUGCAGAAUUCCUGGCUUGCUGUCCUCAGUCCGCAGAGGGGAGGAGGAGGAGCUGACGCACGCUUUGGCUUCGUGUUGUGUUUUGCUUUUCUGUGUCCCCGUUAGCACAUUGUACUUGAAUUACCUCAGUUUUUUGUGACCUCAUGAGCUUUUCAAACCCCUGCAUCUCCUGUUUUGUGUUGGGGGUUGGAAGAAUGGGGAGACAUGCUUUUCUGUUCUAGUAUAAAUUAACAGCUGGCUUUGGACUUGACCUGCAGAAAUUCCUCCCCUUCGCUGGCCAGCAGCCUCCCACCUGGAAGUUGUGGGACAAAGGGAGCACUCAGGAUCUAAAUGGGAGGCCAGGAGGACGGAGAAGGUGCAGAGAUUGGGGUCUCACUGUCCCCAGCAGGUCAUUUAGUAGUGAAUGUUGGUUCCAUCCAGGACUCCAGUCAUCAGUGUCCAGCCUGGGUUCAGCCUGAAACCAUGGGGGAAAUCCCCCCAUUCCUUUGAUUGGCGGGGCUGUUCAGGCUAGAGGGGCCUGGAUCAUUCAGAUCUGUACAGCCAUGUGGUCCCCUCUAUGUCCUGUACCAUUGCAGAAGUGGUAUGUUUUCAUGGUGGGUGGAGGAGUGACCCAGCUUAGGUUUGAUCGUGCUGGGUGGGCGGAUUUUCUAAAAGCUACCUCUUCUGUUCGUCCAACCUUCUGUCCCUCUCCUCCUUCCCCUUCGGCUGCUCUGUGUCCUGUCUUCCCCCAGCCUCCGCACCCUGAAUUUUGGAAAGCACAUUUGCAGUGUUCAUGUUUGCUUUGGGAUGAGCCUUCUGUUUCAUCUCAUGCUCUGUGUGUAAGAAAUGUUUUAUUAUUUUUAUUAUUAAUGUUAUUAUUCUUUCCUUUCUCUCUCUGAGGAAGUUGUGGCUGCAUUGUGAUCUUAGGUUUUUUGAAAAAAACAAAUGGUUUAGGAAAGCGGUUUGGGGGAGAAGGAUGAUGAGGAGUACAGGGAAGUCGGAGGGAUGGGUGCUGCUGUGGCCACCCCGUCCCUUGUCCCAUCCCUCAGCCCCUCCCCUUCAAACUCCCCCACUGAAUCUGAAGGCCUUAAAAAUUGUGUGUGGGGGAGGGGAUGUGGAUUGGGAGCGUGUCUCCACACUGGGUUGGGGUGACAAAGUAGGGAGGGUGCUGUUUUGCAACUAUAGCAAUGACUUAGUGCUUUGGAAAGGGAAAAGAUUUAAACUUGAAAUAUGUGACUAGAACAGUUGCUGUGUUUAUAAUGUGAAAAGCGUGAGGUCUUUCUGGGGAGAAGCAGUCUUUUAAGAACCAUGAUGCACUAUGGCUUUCUCCCCUGGUCUAGGAGGAAGGGGAACUUGCUGGCCCUCAGGGGAUCUGUAAAUCCCCUCAAACAGUAUUCUAACAGCAAGGUGUUACUCGACAUUGGUGGGGAAGGGAAAACUAUCAAACUAUUCCAUAGAAUCAGCUUGUCCCUAGCUCCCCUGUCCUUCCCCAUCAGCCUUGCCCCCUUCCCCCAUUCAUAAAAGUGUGAGAGGGCUGAGCUGAUCUUUACAAAUUGUAAUAUUUUUGUAAUAUUUGUUAGUUCCUUCAUCAGUUCUGCAGGACCUUACCCUUUCCUUUUGUAAUGUGAAUAGAAAAAAAAAAAAGGAGAAAAGAAAAAGACAAAAAAAAAAAAA